CUCUCUCUCUCUCUCGAUCUCUCUCCCUCUCCCUGGCUCAAUCUCUUUCUCUAUUCUCAUUCCAUGUAUUUAUUUAUGAAAUGUUGAAUUUUAUAUAUUUUUAUUGAAUUUUUGAAUGUGGGUUUAGCUGGAAACUCAGAAGCGGUUCAAUUUCAACGGUAGUCUCUCUUUCCUGCCUUUAAAUCCUCUGCUUCAUGUUCCCAGGCUCUUUACUUUCAAAAGCUGACGGCUCAGAUCUGAUAAAGUUUGCUUGUAGUAAUUCAAAGUUGUGUUUCAAGUCUACAGACAAAGAGGCGAAUGAGAUGACAUUUUUUCUUCAGAAAUGGAAGUGUUCUUGGUCUCUGCUAGCAACAGUUGCUUCAGUUGUGGCUUUAAUUUCAGUAGCUCAUUUGUUCUUGUUUCCCUUGGCACCUUCUUUAGAAUACUUUAGCAUGGGUCAAGGGCAAAAAACUUGUACCCCAAUUAAUGCAUCAAUAAGAGGUGUGGAUCAUGACGGGAAAAAUCUGCAGCCAAGUCUUGAUUUAGAUCACCGGUUUCCAGCUGACUCGCACAAAUCAGUGGUUUACCGUGGUGCACCAUGGAAAGCUGAGAUUGGACGGUGGUUUUCUGGUUGUGAUUCUAUUGCUGCUGAAGUCAGCAUCAUUGAGAAAAUAGGUGGCAAGGACUGCAAAAAUGACUGCAGUGGUCAAGGCAUUUGCAACCAUGAGUUGGGACAAUGCCGGUGCUUUCAUGGAUUUUCUGGCGAAGGAUGCUCUGAGAGAUUGCACUUGGAUUGCAAUUACCCAUCAUCACCGGAGCAACCUUAUGGGCCUUGGGUUGUCUCAAUUUGCCCUGCUUCUUGUGACACAACAAGAGCAAUGUGCUUUUGCGGAGAAGGCACAAAAUAUCCACAUCGUCCUGUGGCUGAAGCAUGUGGUUUUCAAAUGAACUUACCUACAACACCUGGUGAUCCCAAAUUGGUUGAUUGGACAAAAGCUGACCUAGAUAACAUUUUCACAACAAAUGGUAGCAAACCAGGAUGGUGUAAUGUGGACCCAACUGAAGCAUAUGCUUUGAAGAUGCAAUACAAAGAGGAAUGUGAUUGCAAAUAUGAUUGUCUUUUGGGACGUUUCUGUGAAAUUCCUGUGCUGUGUACUUGUGUCAAUCAAUGCUCUGGCCACGGGCACUGCCGUGGUGGAUUUUGUCAGUGUCACAGAGGUUGGUAUGGAACAGAUUGCAGUAUCCCUUCUGUUUUGUCAUCUGUUAGAGAGUGGCCUCGGUGGCUUCGACCAGCUCAUGUUGAAGUACCAGAUGAUAUGCAUCUGAGUGGAAGUCUUGUCAAUCUUGAUGCUGUGGUGAAAAAGAAAAGGCCUCUUAUAUAUGUUUAUGAUUUGCCCCCAGAAUUCAACAGUCUACUGCUUGAGGGGCGGCAUUUUAAGUUUGAGUGUGUAAACAGAAUCUAUGAUGACAGGAAUGCUACAUAUUGGACUGAGCAGCUGUAUGGCGCACAGAUGGCAAUCUAUGAAAGCAUCCUAGCAAGUCCUCAUCGAACAUUAGAUGGUGAAGAAGCAGAUUUUUUCUUUGUUCCUGUUCUUGAUUCAUGCAUUAUAGUUCGUGCGGAUGAUGCACCCCACCUGAAUAUGCAUGCACAUGGAGGCUUGAGAAGUUCUCUAACUCUGGAAUUUUAUAAGACAGCAUAUGAUCACAUUGUUGAGCAAUAUCCUUUUUGGAAUCGCUCAUCAGGAAGAGACCAUAUUUGGUUUUUUUCAUGGGAUGAAGGUGCUUGCUAUGCCCCUAAAGAGAUAUGGGACAGCAUGAUGUUGGUUCAUUGGGGCAAUACAAAUUCUAAGCAUAACCAUUCAACAACAGCAUAUUGGGCAGACAAUUGGGAUAGCGUUUCUUCUGACAGAAGAGGCAACCAUCCAUGCUUUGACCCCUAUAAAGAUCUUGUGCUUCCUGCAUGGAAACGACCUGAUGUAGUUUCCCUAAGCUCAAAACUUUGGUCUAGGCCUCGUGAACAGCGGAAGACACUGUUCUAUUUCAAUGGGAAUCUUGGACCAGCUUAUGAAGGUGGAAGACCGGAAACCACGUAUAGUAUGGGUAUCAGGCAGAAAGUAGCAGAAGAGUUUGGAUCAAGCCCUAACAAGGAAGGGAAGCUUGGAAAACAGCAUGCAGAAGAUGUAAUAGUGACCCCAUUACGUUCUGAAAAUUAUCAUGAGAGUUUGGCCAGUUCUGUUUUCUGUGGGGUGAUGCCUGGAGAUGGUUGGAGUGGCCGGUUCGAAGAUAGUAUUCUACAUGGUUGCAUUCCUGUGGUAAUCGAGGAUGGGAUCUUCCUGCCGUUUGAGAACAUGCUCAACUAUGAAAGCUUUGCUGUUCGAAUACGCGAAGAUGAAAUUCCAAACUUGAUAAAGAUUCUAAGGGGAAUGAAUGAGACAGAAAUAGAAUUCAAGCUGGAAAAUGUACGGAAGAUCUGGCAAAGGUUCUUGUAUCGUGAUUCCAUUCUACUAGAGGCUGAGAGACAGAAAACUGCUUUUGGCCAUGUAGAGGAUUGGGCUGUACAACUGCUGCAACUUAGUGAAGAUGAUGUCUUUGCCACACUUAUUCAGGUCUUGCACUACAAGUUGCAUAAUGACCCUUGGCGACAACAACUUGCUCAUCUGAAAAAGGAUUUCGGGUUAGCACAAGAAUGCUUGAUAAGAACCAAAUAAGGAGUUGUGGUCCAGACCCCAACACAUUUCUGCAGCUGGGUGGCUUAUACACUGGGAAGAAACAAACUCCCCUACUACAUUUUUUCUUAUUUAACAGAGAAAUCAGAUUGUAGAAACUACCCCAUAGUUUGGACACUCUGCUCUCCACAGCUACAAACUGCCCUGAAAGCCAAGUUUUCCAGUGGAGAAGGCUGUCAUUAACAGUCUUUAAACUGAAAAAAGGGGGAUAAAAAUAGGGUUAUUUUUUUUAGUGAUUUUUUCUUGUACCAUUGAUACACAGGUGAGAUGCAUCUUUUCUUUUCUUUUUUUUUUUUUCAUUCUUUUUCCCAUCCUUAUUUAUGUUUUUCCUUUGAGAAACUUUGUAUUUGGAGAAAAUGAAAGAGCUUCCUCUUUUACUGUUGUUCAUGGCAAGACCACAUAUGUUACAAUGGAAAUAAAAGAUUUUAGAGAAGUGGGUGUCAUUUCUAAUGGAUGGGUUGUGGAUCAUUGUGAUUGA